AUGUCUCCUUCGGCUUGUAUGCACCAUCAAACGCAGCAGCAACAACAAACCCAUGUGGGACCAUUUUUGGAACGCGAAUUGACCAUUUUGAGUUUACUCUGUACCCAAGUCAGCAAUAAACGAAAAUCGGUAGAAGGAUUUGCCGCCGUGGAAGUGGAUCUCUUGACGACGCUCACGGAAUUACUGGAAAAACACGUCAAUUUGGCCGUCAAUGUCGAUUUGGUGGCCGAGGCGAGCGCUGUCAUUUCCAAACGAGAAAUGAGAAUGGAGCAGUGGCUACGACCUGGAUCCACCGGAAGCGAACGAGUGGCAGCUCUGAAAUUGGGAUUGGAAGCGGCGGGCAUUCUCCUCUUUGUGGUGACCAGUCCUGGCAUUGACGCAAGUGUCGUCUCGGAAGAUGCCAUUGAAGCCGCCUUUACGUUGCUCCGACACAAUCUCGCCAAGAAUCUCAUCCCAGCCCUCAACAAUACGGGUCACCGACUGGCAGCACAGGAAAUGGACGAAAAGAAAGGUCUAGGAGCAUCGGCACGCAAGAAAAAGCGACGCGCGACCGACGGCGGAGAAUCCAAUAUGCUCAUGAAAGAACUACGAAAAGUAUACAAACCAAUCGCACUCAUGAUUCCGCUGCAAAUCACACUCAUGAGCCGCAUUGAAGAUGCCAUUCGAACUCUGUUUUUAGAUGAUCAGCUCAUACUCACACUCACGUCAGGGGCUUUGGAUGCGCUCGAAAUUGAAGCCGCACAAUCGACACAAAAUCCAGCCAAUCGACUCCAGCACGCAACCAUUGGACUCGUCACGGCCGUAUUUGCCAAAUUCCCAGCGCAUCGAUCCAGUAUCAUUGAAGAUCUAUUCCCUCUCAUGCUGCGACUACCAUCUUCCAAACGAACCAUGCGAGCCUGUCUCGUCCAGUAUUCGUCCUGUCCCUCCAAACACAGCUCCCAAUCACUCAUGACGUCGCUCUAUUCAUCCAUGUUGACCAACGGACAAGAACCACAUUACAUUCAAAUGAUCACAGCCAUGCUACUCUCACUGGUCCAAUGCUGUGUCGUGCGACCCACAUUUGAUGUCGACAACAAUGACGAGCAACUUCUGUCGGGACUCCGCGGCUGUCAAUCCGUGGCCGAAACAUUUGCAAUUCACAUGCUACAGCGCUGUUCGCGAAAGGGAGAAGAUGGAGGUGCCUCGGAAUUUCGACCCAUUCUCGGCAAUUUAGUAGACGAUUUGCUACUCGUCAUGAUGAUUCCCGAAUACGGAGCGGCGCAAAUGGUCCUCUUUGCGUGUACGCUGGGACUCUCCAAGGAUAUCAUCACGGCCAGUCGAACAUCGAGUGCAUCCGACACGGUAGUGGAAACGACAUAUGCCAAUACGGCCUUUGAUAUUCUGGGACGCAUCUGUGCGGCAUAUGCCAAGAUUUUGGCGUUUCAGCGAGAUCGAGAGUUGCACAAGACGGUCGAAAUUGUGUCGGAAGAAAACCGACAAUUGCGAUGCUAUUGCAAGCGCAACAAUUUCACGGAUGCACUCAUGGUCGAUUGUGACAAUUGUCACUUGUGGUAUCAUGCCCAAUGUGUCGGCUUGAAUAGAGAUGCUCUGCCACACGAAUGGAUUUGCGAUGCCUGCUCCCUGCAAGCAAACAUGGAGAAUGAAAUGGAAACGACGAGUCGUUCUAUUGUAGACACUGGUUUCAUCAUCAAUCGGGUGAUGGAGAAACACCUCAAGACCAACCGAGGGUAUCGGGUAGCAAGCCAUUGUCAUUUGGCAAAGUGGGUAAAUGAAUUACACAGCAAGUCCCAACAGUGCCAGACAACCGCCGAGAAGGAGAGCUACAAGCAGGCAAUUGGAGGGAUAUUGGAGACGUGGAACAAAAAGAGAUGCUACUCCAACCCCAAGCACUGGUUUACGUUUGAGGGAGGUGCUCGUGCACUUUUGACGCAGACGGCUUCCUAUUCAAAUUUCAUGAAGUCUUUCAACAAUCUAAUGGGAUUGAUGUUGAAGCUGAUGAAUGACAAGGCCCACGCCUCGCUACGUAAAUUGUCCAUCAAGGCAAUCGAAAAGGUUGUGGAGGCAGACUCAAAGCUGAUGCUUUUGCCAAAGGUGAUGGAGGCAGUUUCGGAACGACUGUCGGACGAGGCAAUCUCAGUCCGAGAGGCAGCUGUGUCCCUUGUGGGUAACUAUGUCGUCAAGUCUCCACCCAUUGCAAAUGCCUUCCACAGUCACUUGAUACCAAGACUGCUAGAUCCUGGUGUGAGUGUUCGCAAGAGAACUGUGAAAAUAUUGCAAGAUAUCUUGGUGUCCAAUCCACAUUACCGCGGACGGUCGGAUGCGUGUGACAAAUGUUUGCAACGAGCUUCGGAUCCAAAAGAAGAUGAAGGCGUACGGGAAGCCCUGCACGGCCUGUUCAUGAAUCUGUGGUUGAGUGACGAAGGCGAAGCUGCGAUUCCGGCAGGGCUCCAGCCGGUGAGCCCCUCACGGAACGCAUCGAGCUUGGCUGCUUCCAAGUCCCCGUCUAGCAUCGAGGCACAAUCAGUUGCGUCUGGGGUCGUGACUCCCACACCGCCGAUGGAUGCCCGGGCCACGAGAAGCAAGCACCGAGAAGUCGGGAAACGGCGGUCGGAACUUGCUGCUGAACAAAUGGUUGCAACGGUCAAGACAGCCGGCACUAACGAGCAUUUGGGGAACUUUCUACGCGAGCUUCUUUGCAAUGUGAACGAUUCCGAUAAAGGGAAAAAGGCAGCGGAGCGUUUGAAGCGGCAAAAAAUUGCCGAGAAGCAGUGCUUUAGUCUCGUUAGUGCCCUUUUCGAGCUGCUGCUGACGACAGAGGAACGCCGAGGAGAAUUGGGGAAUGCCAUCGGAGGGGAACUCGUGGCGACGAUCAGAACCAUUGGAUGCUUCAGUGACGUCUCUGCUCAAUCCGUCUUGAAGCAUUUGAGUAUCAUUCUCCCAUACAUAAAGGCCGACAACGGCUUGUCGGUGGCGGACGAGUCAGCGGUUGCAAGCGCUGCUUGUGACAUUCUCUUCCGCGUAAUUCCCAUCUUGAAUUCUAACGAGAUUCAAAACCUCUGCAGUGGGUCGCUGGGGGGUGACCUUGUGAAAAUUACCUACAAGUUCGGAAGCGGAGCUCUGUACUCAGCUAUUCGAGCUCUUUGUACCAUUGCCCACUUUGACGAGACGGGUGAAGGAAGUAUAUUUGGCAAGAAACUGUUGAAUCUUGCUACCACAUUUUACGCGUUCUUGUUCAAGCAUGCAAAUCGGGACGACUACUCCAACCCAGGAUUGAAAAACAACACGCUGCGCCUGCUUUCGGGGCUCGGAUCGCUAUGUCAUCACCAUGAAGUUGCAGUGGAAGCAUCGACGUGGAAUGAAGAAGUCGAUGUUGACGAGGUGGAAGAAAUUGAUUUGUUUGAAACGUCAGAGUUGAACUGGAACAACGUUCCGAUCGCUUGCUUCCGCCUGUUCAUGAAGUACCUGGAAAAGUCUGAUAUCGGUAUUCGCUGCGCCGCACUUCGAGCCCUUAGUGGAGUAUUCAUCGCGCACCCGCGUCUGAUGCUUUCUUGCGCUCAGUGCGGGCUGAUUGAGGCCUUGAUGUCGUCUGAAUCACCCCUGGAGCUGCAGUUGACGGCGUUGACAUGCUGGAAGGAAAUCAGCGUGUCUGAGGAAAAACGCAUUGACAGCGGGGAAGCCAAGAAGAAGAUGGAUUCGAAAAAGAACAUCACAACGUCCAAGAAGAUUUCGGGUGAUCAAGAUGGCGAUUCGACCCUUGUGGGCGGAGUCCUGACGAAGCAAACUACGCGUCUGUUCGAAAUGACCCAGUCGAAGGAAGCCAAUCUGAGAAUUGCAUCAUUGGAGCUCCUGGGGCAGUUGCUGCGACAAGGACUGGUGAAUCCGAACGAAGCGGUUCCGUAUCUUUUGGCCCUGCAAGGAGACGUCGAGAAUACUGUCGUUCGAAAGUUUGCACUGAGGCUUUUGACUGUGGAGGGCGAAAAGCGUCCGGAUAUGUUGAGACAGAGAGUGUGUGCGGGUGUCAAGCAAGCCUGUCGUUUCCAGCGGGCAGUGUAUCCCACCAAAGAAACCUCAGCCUUGGUCAAGAAACUGAAGGGAGCACGUAUACACAUGGAGUGUGUCUUUGAUGAUGUCUUCCGUGAGUGCAUCCUUUCCAGUCGGAAGCAAAGGGAAGGAUUGUAUCGGAAUUUACUCGCCAUGUUUGAGCGCGUCGAACCGGUUGCCAAGGAACCCACAUCCUCGGCAAAGAAAGCGCGCUCUCGGAGGAGCUCCAUCCAGGAACCGCCAGACGUCGGCGCCGACCUUUCGCUACUCUCUUUUGCAGCGCAGAUGCUGGCGUAUCUGCCGUACAGUUCGGCUGGUGAUCCUCUGUUCAUACAGCACUACGUCGGCUCUGUGGUUGCCCUUCAGGGACCGCAGUUGCAGGACCGGCUCGCCGCAUUCUUGCGUCCACAUGGAUUGGCAUCAGCUGACGAGCUGGACGAAGUGAACGACGGAGAAGACGCAUUGGAACGAGCGGCUCGAGCGGACGCUCCAUCCAAGUCCCACGACGCUGUACCCUGCCGUUCGGAAAAGUUUGAUUGGUUUGGUUUUGCGGACUUGUGCAAGGAAGCAUCAUCCCUGGCUCUCUUGCUUCGAUUGAAGAAAUUUCUACGACGCAAGUACAACUUGUCUACGCAGAAAUGUCUCGAGUACACGCCUGACUCCAAAGACAAGACCUUCUUUCGCAACUUUAUCUCUCGCAAUGACCACAUGCCCCUCUUCGAUUCUUCCAUUGUCCUGGUGUCGAACGACCUCACGGAUGAAGACAAGGACCUGCUGAUUCAUCAUUAUGCCGUCUUUCGCCGUCAUAUGCGCGAUGAAUUCUCGCACGACGACGCCGAUUUGGAAGACUCGGACGACGACGGGAAAGGGUCCCGCCGAAAUAGCAUCGGCGGCAACACUGGAAUGGUCGCUGAAGCCGUUGGGGUGCCGGUACCGGAGCCGGUACCGGAACCGGUACCGGAACCGGUACAUGAAGAUCCUCCUCAAGGCGGCCUUCCUCCCGCAGAGGGAGAAGCUGCUGUUGUGAGUGCUCCUGAACUGAUGCAGGUCGAAGAAGCUGAAACUACUAAGAAGCGAAGAGGAAGCUCAGCGAGUGCUGCUGGAGGUACCAAACGGCGCCGCAGCAGCAAAGCCAGGGGCGAUGUAGUUCCAUCCUCCGCCGUACUCUGA